GGCAGCGGCAGGGCCCGGGGCUGCUAUUGGAUUAAAAUAGCCUCAUCUGUCCUGCCCUCCGGCUGCAGAGCCGCAGCAUUGUCUGGGAGCAGCAGGAAUGUGAAGAUGGCUGCAGACCUGGGAGAGCUGCUUGUGCCCUACAUGCCCACCAUCAGGGUGCCCAAGUCAGGGGACAGGGUCUACAAGACGGAGUGCGCCUUCUCCUACGACUCCCCUCUUUCUGAAGGAGGUCUGUAUGUGUGUAUGAGCACAUUCCUUGGAUUUGGAAGGGAACAUGUGGAACGGCAUUACAGGAAGACAGGACAGAGUGUGUAUCUGCAUCUAAAACGCCAUGUAAGACAGAAAGAAACUGGAGCAUCUGGUGGAGCCCUUCCCAGACGUAUCAAUGGCAAGUUAUUUUUAGAUCUUGAAAUAGAUGCUGAUUUCAACAGUGAUGAUUAUGAACUUGAAGAUGAAGCCAAACUUGUUAUAUUUCCAGAUCACUUUGAAAUUGCCUUACCUAAUAUAGAGGAGCUCCCAGCUUUGGUAACCAUAGCUUGUGAUGCUGUUCUGAAUUCCAAGUCUCCGUACAGAAAGUUGGAACAGGAGUCCUGGGAGGAAGAACUACAAGUAUCAAAGUUUGCAAAUAACCUUGUGCAGAUAGACAAUGGUGUAAGAAUUCCACCAAGUGGCUGGAAAUGUGCUAAAUGUGAACUACGAGAAAACUUGUGGCUUAACCUGACAGAUGGUUCCAUAAUGUGUGGGAAAUGGUUUUGCUCAGGCAGUGGUGGGAAUGGACAUGCCUUAGAGCACCACAAGCAGUUGGGCUACCCUCUGGCUGUGAAGCUUGGAACUAUUACACCAGAUGGAGCAGAUGUGUAUUCCUUUGAUGAACAAGAAACUGUAUUAGACCCUCAACUUGCCAAACAUCUUGGGCAUUUUGGGAUUGACAUGCUACAAAUGCAAGGGUCAGAGAAUGGUGUGAUGGAUAAUGAAGUUAAACCAAGGGUUAGUGAGUGGGAAAUCAUCCAAGAAACUGGACUUAAGUUGAAACCAAUGUUUGGCUCUGGAUACACUGGUAUUAGGAACCAGGGGAACAGCUCCUACCUCAGCACAGUGAUGCAGGUCAUCUUCAGCAUACCAGAAUUCCAGAGAGCUUAUGUAGGAAAUCUGACCCGAAUAUUUGACUAUGCUCCUCUGGAUCCCACACAUGACUUCAGCACCCAGAUGGCUAAACUCGGUCACGGUCUGCUCUCUGGACUGUACUCAAAGCCACCAGUGAAAUGUGAGCUGAUAGAGCAGGUGAUGAAAGAAGAGCACAAGCUUCAACCGAAAGGAAUUACAACUCGAAUGUUCAAAGCCUUUAUAAGCAGAUGGCAUACAGAGUUCUCCUCAAACAGACAACAAGACGCUCAAGAGUUUUUCUUGCACCUUAUUGGUCUGGCAGAGAGAAACAGCAUCGGCUCAGAAAAUCCCACUGAGGUCUUCAGGUUUCUAGUAGAAGAGCGGACACAGUGUUGCCAAUCAAGAAAGGUUCGCUACACCGAAAGAGUUGAUUCUAUCAUGCAGUUACCUGUGGCUAUGGAAGCAGCAAUAAAUAAAGAUGAUUUGAUUGCCUAUGAGCUGAAGAGAAGAGAGGCAGAAAGUUCAAAAAGACCACCCCCGGAAAUAGUGCGCGCUAGGAUCCCAUUCAGUGCCUGUAUUCAGGCAUUCUCUGAGCCUGAGAAUGUGGAUGACUUCUGGAGCAGUGCUCUUCAAGCCAAGUCUGCAGGUGUUAUGACAUCUCGCUUUGCUUCAUUCCCAGAAUAUCUGGUAAUCCAGAUAAAGAAGUUUACAUUUGGUCUUGACUGGGUACCUAAAAAACUUGAUGUAGCAGUGGAAAUGCCGGAUGUCCUGGAUGUUAAUAAUCUCCGAGCUAAAGGUCUGCAGCCAGGAGAAGAAGAGCUCCCAAACAUUGCUCCUCCCAUUGUUAUUCCAGAUGACCCCAAAGAUCGUUUCAGGAACCAUUUCAUGGAAGCUCCUGACAUAGACGAGUCUUCUGUCAUGCAGCUGGCUGAGAUGGGUUUUCCACUGGAGGCUUGUCGGAAGGCUGUCUACUACACUGGAAGCAUGGGUGCAGAAUUAGCUUUCAACUGGAUAAUUGCACACAUGGAAGAUCCUGAUUUUGCAGAACCAUUAAAUAUCCCUGGAUGCGCUGCUGCAUCUGCUCAACCAUCCUAUGAACUCCAUGCACAGAUCGACCUACCACCAGAAGAGAUCGUAGCUCUGAUCACAUCCAUGGGUUUCCAGAGAAGGCAAGCUAUUCAGGCGUUGAGGGCAACAAAUAACAAUCUGGAGCGAGCCCUUGACUGGAUAUUCUCUCACCCUGAAUGUGAAGAUGAAGCUGCUAAUACUUCACAAUCUGUGGAUGAUGAAAACAAUCAGCAAUCAAAUGGAAUCCUGACCGACAAUGAACAAGAAGGCCCUCGAGUGAAAGACGGAAACGGAAGGUAUGAACUGAUUGCCUUCAUCAGUCAUAUAGGAACAUCGACGAUGUCUGGGCAUUAUGUGUGUCACAUCAAAAAGGAAGGAAGAUGGGUGAUUUAUAAUGACCAUAAAGUUUCAGCCUCUGAGCGACCACCUAAGGACUUGGGCUACCUUUACUUCUAUCAUAGGAUAGCUUGCUGAGCCUUCACUAAGGGAGCUGCCAGGGCGUUUAUACCACCUCAAGAAGGAAUGCCGGACUGCCAGAAGCCCCAAGAGAAAUUCACAGUAUCUAUCGUUUGCUUAAAGAAAACUAAUGUUUGCUGCUUGGUUAAGCGUAAUACUGGAAAUUUCGACUUCGCGAAGCCAUAAAUUGUUUUGUGCAAUUUUAAAUGAGAACGGAUGAUUGUGUUACCUUUUACUUCACUACAAAUGUUAGGAAUGUUUGCUGUCUUGGAACAACUGAUAACUGGAAAUAAGUGAGGAUAGAAGCUGUCGCCUAAGUGUACAAGGAAUCCACUAUGUUACUGCAGUUUGUUACCCUGUAGUUGUCAAUAUUGCUCAGCAGGUGGCGCUGUUACUACAUGUCUGAAUGCCGAGUGGAAGCAUGCAGCCGAUCUAGGUUAUAAAGUAGCUGAAAAAGGCUUAUAAAUUGUCACCGAUAACUAAUAUUCACCCCAUGUAGACAUAAUAUGCAAAUGGUUCCAACUGAAUAGAUAGACGGGAAUAUAAAUAGAUAGGGAUUUAUAGAGAGAGUGCGACGCAUCCUAUUCUCCAGCCCUUAUUCUUUUGUUUUAGUAAUCUCCUUUAAGCCUCUGCUAAGUCCUUCUUUGCAAUCUGUGUACUUUGCUGGCAAAGUUAUAGAUGUAGUUCAGUAUUAGAACCUCUUGAGAAGAUGCGCUCACAUUUUCAUGCGAUUCCCUUUUGUGAACCCAAGGCAGUCAGUAGGAUAACUUGCCAUCUAAGACAGACAUACUGACUGGCCCGGAGGCUCAGCAAAGAUUACAGAGCACUUUCUGAGUGCUGCAGUUACAUACUCCCUCCAAACCUUCUUCAGUUGUAUUGUCUGUAUUUGUUAUCGUCCAUACAGAGCAGAUAUAUUCAGAAUGAUAACGAGAACCUCUCUGCUAGGUCUGUGACUGCAGUAGUAUCGGACACGUACUAGAGACUCCUUUAUUCAUUUUGUCAUGCAUCUUAUCACAGAGCUUGAAGUGGCCAUCCUCAUUCUGAUAGACUGAACACAAUAAAGACGUUUUCUAGGGUGUAAGGAGUGGUAUAA